UAAUUUUCCAAACAGUUAGGGCGCCUCCGCCCGCGGUCACAUGGGCGAGGUGCUCCAGGGGCUUAAACAACAGGGAGGUCUCGUAAUCGAACCCCUCUGCGAACUUGCGAGAUCGCCCGAGUAAAUAAAACCCUGGUUCAAACCAUAAAAACGUUUUCUUAAUUUACUAGGGUUUAAGACAUCCCACGUUGCAAUCCGAGGCCAACAAUUAACGCAAGAUAGUUCAGAAGAUCAGUUAUUUUAUUUAUUGACGAGGAUUUUAAGAAAGUUCUUUAAUUCGCCGUCGUCAUGGGAGACGUGGAAGCAGGGUUUGCAAAGCUACAGGGAGAGGAUUUUGAGUACUACAUGCAGAAUUAUUCGAUUAUACUGGGGCGCAACAGUAAGAAGUCGGAGGUGGACAUAGAUUUAUCCGACUUGGGUGGUGGCAUGAACAUUUCACGUCAGCACGCUAGAAUUUUCUAUGAUUUUGACAGGAAAAGAUUUGCGCUGGAAGUCAUGGGUAAGAACGGCUGUGAUGUUAGGGGCACGCACUACAUCCCUGGAGAUCCUCCCGUCAAAUUAGGGUCACAGGAUUUGGUUCAGAUGGGCGAAUUGCAGUUCUAUUUUCUGUUGCCUUCAAGAAGUAUUGCUAAACAGGGCGUCCCCCUUCUUCCUCAGGCACCGCCCGUGUUGCCCAGGAAAAGGAGUGGGAGGAAAGAGGAUGAUUAUGGUGUUGAUAAUUGGCCGGACCAGCCAUCUUCUAUGAAGAAGGGGAGGUUCCAGGGCAAUCAGGAUGGUCUGCGUUCCAGUCGCAAACCUUCUUGGUCUGUUCAUGAAUUGCCGAAUCCUUACUUGCUGCCCAAGCAAGGCUUCCCUUACCGUUCAGAUCAAAAGGGUGAUUCAAGAAGGAGAGACCAUGAAGCAGAUAUGUUUCAGCAGAUGCAAUCAGAAGAAAAAGAUGUAGUUUCGGCUGUUGCAACUGUACUUUCAGAUCUUUGUGGUCCAGGGGAAUGGAUGCCAAUGGAAAAACUUCAUUCCGAGCUUCUUGAUCAUUACAGUGGAGUUUGGCAUCAGAGUAGAAUACGAAGAUUUUUGUCAGCAGAGGACUGGAAUGAUUCUGAGAGUAAGGGUAGGCCUUGGUUUGGGCUUCUUUCACUUCUUAGAAGAUACCCGGAGCAUUUUGUCAUUAAUACAAAGUCUAAAGGACGAGCAACUGCAGAAUUUGUAUCAUUGGUCUCUCUUCUCUCUUGAUCCAGAAACUUAUUGAGCCUAGCAGUACGUAUAAUUGUAACUUGUAUGGGUUUCUGGUUGUGAUGAGUUGAAUCAGACAAAUUCAGAACCUUUGCUAAUCUUUCUAGUACAAAAUCUUUGUUUGUAUUUUACUCAGUUGAUUGUUACAACUUUUCUUUGAUAUGCCUAAUUGUGUAUAAAUCUGUCGCUGCAUUUAUGUAGACAUUGCAUUAAAUUCAUAACACAUUUAAUAGUUGAAGCGAUGUUGAGUAAAUUGGU